CACAUCUAUCGUCGCACUGCUCUUCCUCUCCACAUCGAUUGACAUUCCGCCAAUUGUCAUCUCUACUUCAUCCAGAUCCACACCUGCGCCCUCAAAAUGGCCGACGACGACCGCGAGACCAAGCCUUUCAAGUUUGUUACUGGCUUCGAUGCCCGCUUUCCGAACCAGAACCAAACCAAGCACUGCUGGCAGAACUAUGUCGACUACCACAAAUGCAUCAAUGCUAAGGGUGAGGAUUUCGCUCCUUGCCGUCAGUUCAAGCUAGCCUACCGAUCUCUCUGCCCCAGCAACUGGUGCGAGAGAUGGGAUGACCAGCGCGAGGCCGGCAACUUCCCUGCCCGUCUGGACCAGUAAAUGCUCAAUACCUAUUCUUGGGCUCUCAGCGGGAUUUUCUUGUGGAUUGUUUGAUGGACGGAUACUAUGUAGCAAUAGAUGGCAGAACAAUCAAAUUGAUAUGUGCUCUUAAUUCCAUCCG